GAGCUGAUUAUGCUUCCAGAGUAUAUGGAAGUAGAAAUGAUUUCCACUGUCAAUAUUUAUGACAAUUGGUAUAUAGAUAAAAAAAUAGGUUAUGCUUUAUCAGUUGAACAUUAUAGUGUAAUAAAUGAUAGACCAAAUACUCUAGUACCUAAGCAAGAAAAUGAUAAGGUCGAGGAUAUCAUUAAUUUAUAUAGAGAAAUUUCUGAUAAUGAUAGCUAA